CAUUACCAACGGUCGAAGGUGUGCGCAGGUCUGAUUGCUUUGCAUAAAUACUAUAAUCCUUCAGCAAUGUUACGACCGAUUUUUAGUCCAACACGGUUAUUUUCCAUUCACCGCGCUCUGUGCAGUAAGGCAGCAACGAAUGGCCUCGUACUAACCGAUGUCGACAUCAAAACCGGAUACGCCAAGGUUACACUGAAUCGAGCCCCUGUGAAUGGCCUCAAUCUAGAACUGAUCACGGAAGUCAGUAGAACCAUUGAUGAUCUGGAAAGGGAGAAUGUCAAAGGAAUGCUCCUAACCUCGUUUUCCGAUAAAGUCUUCUGCGCCGGUUUGGAACUUACGGAGAUGGUCAAUCCGAAUCCUGAUCGUCUGCAAGCUGUUUGGACGAGCCUGCAGGACAUGUGGGCGAAAGUGUAUGGCUGUUCGUUUCCAAGUGUCGCUAUUGUCAAUGGACACGCACCUGCUGGUGGUUGUUUACUGGCUAUUGGCUGCGAAUAUCGUAUCAUGUGUCCCAAUUUUAUCAUUGGACUUAAUGAGACAGCACUGGGGAUUGUUGUUCCACCGUGGUUGCAGAUCACCAUGAGAAACACCAUCGGGGCCCGGGAAUCCGAAAUUGGGUGCACUAAAGGAACUCUUUACAGUUCCGAACAGGCUCUGAAGGUUGGACUUGUGGACGAGCUAGCAAACAACAAGGAGGAGGCAAUGGCGAAAGCCAUUGGGUUUUUGAAUACGUUCAAGAAUAUGUCUCCGUACGCAAGAUCCGCUACAAAACUGAUGCUGCGAAAUAGAGACAUUGAAGAUAUGAAACGAUACAGAGAAGAUGACACAAAUCGCUUCAUGAACAAUGUGAUGAAUCCCGAAUUUCAGCAAGGGCUGGCGGUGUAUUUGCAGUCUUUGAAGCAGCGGAAGGCUAAAUAA